UGUGUUUUUCAUUGCAUUGUUGUUGUGGCGCGAUCGAAUUUGUUUGGAAUUUUGGAAAUCGGCAUUAGAUUUUUGAACGAGUUUUAUGUUUGGAUACCACCAGCUAUAGCGAAAACAGUCGCGUAUUUUCAACAAAGAGCAAACAAAGAGAAAGGAUAACGAAGAGGAAGGAGAAAGGAGGAGUGUGGGAAAUCAGUUACUCCGCCCAUGCGCACAGCUGAUCCAGAGCCUGGCCUAACGGUAAACUGAUUGUCUCUGGGCUCCAAAAGCGGAAAUCGAAAGCGAAACGGAAACGGAAGUCGCCUGGAAUAGCGAAGCGGAAAGGAAAACAACCCGCUAACCGCGGGAGUUGGAAUCCAAAAAAACCGACAAAAGACAUAAGAAUAGGGAACAAAACUUAAGUCAUUUCAAUAUGUUUCAAGCUCUGCCCCGGCCGUCAAGGUCCACGCUGCACUGUGGAGCGGCAGCCAUCGUCACAGUCAUCCUCAUAGCCUGGAUCCGACCGUUGGGCGUGCUCUUCCUGGGAUUGCUGGGCUAUUGGAUCUAUUGGACGCGCUGCAGCUUCCGGAUUGUGCCCACGGACGAGCUGCGCAACAAGAUCAACGCCUGGCUGCAGAGGAUCGACGACUGGCGCCACACCAGCCCCAGCAUGUUCUGCCUGGCCAGCACCGGCUGCUUGGGCACCCUCGCGGUGCUCGGCCACCUCAUCUCCGGAUCCACGCUGGUCCUCACCAUCCUCGUCGUCUCCGCCCUCGUCUCCACCAAGUACAACUUCAAGCUGCUGAAGAUCGAGCACAAGGACUUCCAGUGGUCGGAGAAGCUCAACUAUAACAAUUUGGAGGCCGAGGCGGAGGACGAGUUCCUGCCGGACGUGAACGAGUCAAAUCUGUUUGUGCUGGAGCGGGCUAGCGAUGUGGCCACCAUCAGUUCGCCCACCGAUGCGAACGACGAGGAGGAUGACGAGCGCAGCGACGACAUUCCGUCGGAGCUGCUCAUUCCGGACGUGAUACCCGAGAUCGAUGAGCACUCCACCGACGAGGACGAUGAGCUGGCCCCACUGGCGGCCAAGAAGCUGGAGAAACAGCAUCAGCAGGAGCAGGUGGCCGAGGAGAGCGAGGAUAUGAACUUCCGGAAGGGUCACUUCAAGCGCGACUCGUCGCUGUCCACCACCUCCUCCUCGUCGGAGGAGAGUCUGUCCAAGGGGCUGCAGUUCCCCGACCACACCACCGUCGAUGCCAGUGGCAACACUCAGUUGCGUCAGAUAACCGCGGGACCGGAUCCCGCCGGCGAGCUUAUGGCGCUGGCCGUGAAAACCCAGGCCCAGGCGCUUCUGGCCAACAGCGGGAAGCUUCUGCCCAGCCUGGUCUCCGGCCUGGUGCAGUGGGGGGCAGGUGGUGCGGCCGCAGCCAGUUCCGGCGGAGAUGCCACCGAUGCGAGUAGGGAUCGAGAGCAGCAGCGCAUUGUUACCGCCUUGGAUUCGUCGGAUGAGAGCGACUUUGAGAUACUCGAAACGGAUGACUUCAAGUAA